UACACCAUCCAAGGGAAACCCCUUUAAAACCCAUUAUUGAGAAGAAACCUAAAAAUCUUUACCUCAUGCCCACAGCCUCUGAUCAGACUUUGAGUCUUCAACUCCUUCAAGCUUCUAUUUUUCAUUUCAAGAUGGCCUUCUUCAAGUUCUUGAAGUUGAAGAUUAGUUGCAAAUCCAAUCCUGUAGUAGAUGAUGUAGAACACGGUAGUUUAUCUACCAAAACUAUGAUCACCUCAACCCAUGAUCAGUAUCAACCGGAUGGAUCCCAGAUGAGUACUACUUCAUCUGUGAAUAGAUUUACUUGGAAAGAUAUGGAGAAUGUGAGUAGGAAUUUCUCAGAAAUUAUCGGCUUUGGAGGGUUCAGUGUCGUCUACCUCGCGAAGUUCCCGGAUUCGACUCUUGGGGUUCUUAAGAAGCAUUGCGAUAGCCAGCGUCACCGUGAAGUUUUUAAGAGGGAACUUGAAGUAUUGCUUCACAUCCGCCAUGAAAACAUCGUCAAGUUCCUUGGCUACUGCGAUGAGAAAGAUGAAGGCAUCUUAGUGUUUGAAUAUGUUAGCAAUGGAACCUUGCAUGACAAACUUCGCCAUGAAGGACAAAAGGGAUCAGUCCUUUCCUGGAGAAGACGUAUGUCCAUAGCUUACCAACUUGCCCAAGCCAUCAACUACCUUCACACCAACUUCAAGUUCCAAAUAAUUAAUGGUGACAUUAAAUCAUCAAAUGUCCUCCUUGAUGAGAAGCUCAACUGCAAGCUUUGUGACUUUGGAUCCGCAAAGAUUGGUUUUUCAUCAACAAUUGUUCCUUCAUCAAAGAUUUCAUUGAUGGGUUCUGUUGGUUAUAUGGAUCCUCAUUAUAUGAGGACCGGUAUUGCAUCAAAGAAGAAUGAUGUUUACAGUUAUGGGGUGAUCAUCCUAGAGUUACUUACAGGAUUGGAAGCUUUCUGCUCAGAAAAGGAACAAUUAUUAAUUUCAAUUGCAAACCCAGUACUGCAGGAUCCAAAUAAGGUUCUGGAAAUGAUAGAUACUCAUCUUGGAGGUCAUUUUUAUGCAGAGGAAGCUAUAGCCAUGGCAAACAUCGCAGCACUUUGCCUUCACAAGGAUUCCACCCAAAGGCCUUCCAUGAGUGAUAUUGUAUAUACUAUUAAAGAGAAGAUCCAAUCCAUCUCUUUUGUCCCUGCAGUGGAAGGAUUCAAGAAUGCUAAUAUGGAUAAAUGGAAAAUUAAGUAUAUUGGCCAUGAGCGAUAGUUUAAAA